AUGGACCUGAUCGUUCACCCAUGGAUCGACGCUGCCGCAGCAACAAUUGGCGUUGGGCACUGGUUAUCCGACUCAACACGGACCACGCAACCUGUGCGUUGCCAUUCUCAUAACGACUAUUUGAGAAACGCUCCACUUCCCGACGCCAUUUCUGCGGGCUGUCCAAGUGUCGAAGCCGAUGUGUGGAACGAAGACGAUGACCUGUAUGUGGCCCAUCGUCAUUUCCAGCUGGAGACCAACCAUACGCUGGAAAGCUUGUAUCUCAACCCUCUUCUCGGUAUUUUCGACCGUCAGAGAGACACCUUCCCAUGUGAACGAGGAAUACCUUGUCACUCCCUCUCGACUGCUAACGAGCCUAUGGCUGGAGUUUUCGAAGCCGAUCCGGAUCGACCGCUGGUCGUCCUCAUCGAUUUCAAAACAGAAGCAAACGCAACCUGGGAGACACUUCAAGGACAACUCGAGCCACUUCGACGCAGAAACCUGCUUACUUAUUUCAACGGCACAGCUAUUGUACCUGGCCCUGUUGUGAUUGUUGGCACGGGAAAUACACCAUUUGACAAAAUAACAGCAAAUAGCACCUACCGUGAUGUCUUUUAUGAUGCACCAUUAGAUCUAUUAGCUGAUACGUCUCAAAUUUGGCCGAAUCCAAACAGAGCACAGGUUCAAAACUCUGAACUGCCGGAUAACUGUAUCGAGCAAGGAGUAUUACCGAGCAACAUUGAACGAAGACAAGCAAGGACAUACAACGCAGAAGGAAGCAAGAUCUCAGAGAAAUACAACUCUCAAAAUAGCUACUACGCUUCUACCCAUUUCAAAAAAGCAGUUGGGCACGUUUGGGGUUCGCGACUGUCGCAAGAGCAGUUACAGCGCAUUCGGGCCCAGAUUCGUGGUGCCCAUCGAUUAGGUCUCAAGGCCAGGUAUUUCAGUGUGCCAGCAUGGCCUAUUGGACUGAGGAAUCAUAUUUGGCAUAUUCUGACACGGGAGGGCGUGGAUGUUCUCAGUGUUGAUGACCUACGACAGGCAACUACGUGGGACUGGAGAAAGAAGAAGGGUCUGUUCUUCUAG